GAAACCAGGUUGCUAGGCAACGUUGGAGUUCGCAACACCGUCUCUGGUUGCAGCAACAAAAGUUUAGGGGCCAGUUUAAGGUUCAGUUUACCCAUUCAAUAUGUCGAAACUGGAUCCGAACCCAUCUUUUCCAAAUCUGGGGAACGAAUUCAGCCAUCGGCAGGCUCCAAAGGAUAGCCUGGAUUUCAAACUGACUACGAUCUACAACCACCAUACGGACUUAUUCUUGAGCAGGUAUCAAAUGGUGUGCCAGAGAGAAACCGUCAGUUUCGGUGAACGGAAAAGGGAAAAGUUAGAGAAGCAGCUCAAGCUACAACAUGAGCAAGAGAACGGCAUCAGAGUUUGGGUCGACCCGAAGAGGAACACCUACCACUACCUGACAUGACGGGUAAAAUCCAGAAAAAUAUUCUCAGGCGCUCUGCUUUCUCAACAAUUAGAACUUCAGCUUUGGAGGAGGCUUCAAGAACUGCCAAGUACUGCUGCUGCUACCCAGGACGUCCUGACAAUAAAACAGUGUUUUUUUGUCAGUGU